GUGUGUGCGAGGGGGCGGAGCCUCUUCUUGAGGUGGAUCCCGAGAGAGAAGACGGUGUUUCACAUCUCACCGUCGGCCGAGCGAGCAGCACACCUGAGACCCGACAGCAUCAUGAGUGAAUCCGCCGAGGCUUUAUCCGCCAACCUGAAGAGCAGCAGGAACGUGACCAUCGAGAUCACCAACCUCACCAACGCCUACUGCCUCAUCGACCCCAAGGUUUACCUGGACAGCGGCAACUGCUACAGCCCCCCCCAGCCCACCGUGCGCCCUCUGAAAACCGAGGUGUGCAACUUCAGCAAGAGCAGCGGCAAGGUCACGGGCACCGUGGGCGUGAUGACCUACGACCUCUUCAAGAGGCAGAACGACAGCGCCAGUGAGAAGCUGGCCAUCAUGUUCUCCGUGCCCUACGACAACUCCACUUAUAAGAACUGGCUGGCGAUCGCCAUCUACGCCGCCGACAAGAAGUGCGACGAGGCGCUCUACAAGGAGAUGUACUACAACGAGGAGCCAGAAGGCUUCGUGAGGGAGGAGGCCAAAGGCUGCGGCCUCACCUUCGAAGGCCAACAACUGGACAUCAAGGCCACCAUGUCCCCGAUGGGCCGGUCCAUGCUGAAGGUGGAGGUGUGGGACAAGCUCUUCACGUCACAAAAACAUUGAGCCGGGGGGAGUCGUUGUUUAUUCCUCUGUUAGUCCUUUGAAUGUUUAAUAAAUCAAGUCUGACGAGGAA